CGGCCCCCUGCAACGACCGCAGAAGUGUGGGUGUGCUGGGCGGGAGGCAACUGGGUGUGGCGUGAGUGGGCACGCCCAGUUGGGACAACUGCUGUGCAGUCAGAUAGGGUCUGGACUUUGCGUAAAGGGACGGGUGGGAACUGAAAAGUGGGGCUGGGCACCGGGAGGGAAUGAAGGUCUGGGAGUGAGCGAAGGGGCGGGGCCCUGGCUGCUGUGGCCUCCCCUGACUCCCUCCCCUCGCUGCUGGGGUCCUCAGGCAAGCCCCCUUCUCACUGGACUGAGAAAUGAGGCUGAGCUGGAUCCUGACAGUACUGACCAUCGGCCUGAGUGCCCUGGCUACGCCUGCAGGGGCAGAGGGCAAAAGGAAACUGCAGAUCGGGGUCAAGAAGAGGGUGGACCACUGCCCCAUCAAAUCCAGAAAGGGUGAUGUCCUGCAUAUGCACUACACGGGCAAGCUGGAAGAUGGGACAGAGUUUGACAGCAGCCUGCCCCAGAACCAGCCCUUUGUCUUCUCCCUGGGCACUGGCCAGGUCAUCAAGGGCUGGGACCAGGGGCUGCUGGGGAUGUGUGAGGGGGAAAAGCGGAAGCUGGUGAUCCCAUCAGAACUGGGGUAUGGCGAGCGGGGAGCUCCCCCCAAGAUUCCAGGUGGUGCAACUUUGGUGUUCGAGGUGGAGCUGCUCAAGAUUGAGCGCCGUUCAGAGCUGUAGCCAAACCGAGGGGCAGUGCAGAGGCCCCAUCAGGGACCAGACUGUUUAAAAAGGAAAAAAAAACUUAAAAAAA